UUUUAGUCACGUGGGAAGUGUGUUCCGCUUCCUGGCUGCGCGCAGACAGCUCGGUGAGGAGGAUGAGCUCAGGCAAUGGCUCACGAAGGAAGGUCAGCAAGCACCACCACGUCAGCAGCGUGGUGCAGCCGGACCCUGAAACACAGGCGGAGAUGCAGCUUCUUUUCAACAAAGUUAAAACCUAUGUGAAGUCGGUCAGGGGGGAAUGGAAGAUCCCCGACCCAAACGUUGCCCUCAAACACCCGUCAGAGGAGCACCGACGUCUGCAGGAGCUGAAGGCGUCUCUGAAUGCGGUGAAGAACCAGCUCAGUGACAAGGACAUACAAGUGUGGCAUCAACACACCAGCUCCACCAACCGAGCCGGGAAGGUGAUCGCUGCCGUUCGCUCUGCUGCCAACGCAGAGAUCUGCACUCAGGCCUGGUGCAAGUUCUACGAGAUCCUGGGAACCUUCAACCUUCUUCCGGUGGAGGCUCUCCAAAACGGGGAACUGAACUCUGUCCAUCUGUGUGAAGCUCCGGGAGCCUUCAUCACCGCUUUAAAUCACUACAUGAAAACCAACGUGUCCACGCGCUACUGCGACUGGAGCUGGGUCGCCAACACGCUCAACCCGUACCACGAGGCUAACGGUGGGAGCACGACCAUCGCAGACGACCGGUUAAUCGCCAACACGCUGCCGUGGUGGUUUUUCGGCUCGGACAACACCGGGAACAUCAUGCUCCAGAAGCACCUGCUGGAUCUGCAGCUGUUUGUGUCCAACAUGCGCAGAGUUGAUUUGGUGACGGCAGACGGCAGCUUUGACUGCCAGGAGAACCCCGACGAGCAGGAGGCGCUGGUGGCGUCGCUGCAUUACUGCGAGGCCACAGCAGCGCUGCUCCUCCUGGGACCCGGAGGUUCCUUCGUACUGAAGAUGUUCACCCUGUAUGAACACUCGGCGGUCUGCUUACUCUACCUGCUGAACUGCUGCUUCCGCUCCGUCAGCGUUUUCAAACCUGCCACCAGCAAAGCGGGAAACUCCGAGGUUUAUGUUGUGUGUCUGAACUAUGAGGGCAAGGAAGCGGUGAGGCCGCUGCUCUCCAAACUGGUCCGCAAUUAUGGACCAUCUCUGGCUGACCGAGAAGCUCUUUUUCCCAGCUCGGUUAUCCCGGAGUCGUUUCUGAAGCAGCACGAAGAGUUGUGCUCCUAUUUCCACACUCUGCAGGUGGAGACCAUUGGUGAAAACCUGCGACUAUUUGAAGGCAUGGGCGCGGAGCAGAGGCAGCGGCUCGACCGCAUCAGAGACUGCGUUGUGCAAGAAUACCUGCGGCGCUUCAAGGUGAGUUUUCUUCCAAGAAGCCGGUGGAUUUCUCUGAACACGGUGAGUCCUGCCUGCUGCAGCGUGUCUGCCGGUCGACCUUUGGGCCAGAAGCAGCAAAGGGGCUCCUUCAAUGAGCGGAGGGAGCUGCAGAACCUGAGCUGGAGGGAGAGAAUCAUGAGGAGCUGCCACGCCACACUGAUACAGAGUCACUGCGCUGAGGACAGAGGGACGGGCUGCGUGUUGGAAGGACCCUGGUCCAGCUGUCAGGUAGAGUCGUGGUAUGUAAUAAUUGGAGCUGCGCUGCCUGCAGUCAGAAACUCUCCGUUCUGUGACUUGGGGCUGUUGAACUACCUGAAUGAAGCCCUGCAGGAUGCAGUGGUAGACUGGACUCUUGUGACCCCCUGUCACUCCUGCCCUGAGGCUCGCACAGCCUCCAUUUUGUCCGACGCUGCAGGUCUCUGCAUGCUCCAAGGCUCUGAGGGGAGCAAAGAGAAGAAACCCAGUCUGGUGUUUGGCAGCCGUUCAGCCUGGGCGUCUGGCGAGAGCCAAGUGGACGAUUCAGGUUUAACAUUCUGUGAUGAGCCUUCAUUUCCCCAAAGAGGCUGCCUCCUGCUGCACGAUGGGGAGCCUCAGUACCAGCACCAGCUUCUAGGCUGCGUCCUGUUUUCCCUCCAGACCCUGAGCUCCGGGGAGUCCCUGCUGCUGCCGCUGUUUUCUGCCCUCACUCGAGUCACUGCGGGCGUGGUGUUCUGCCUUCACGCCUGCUUCCGCUCGGUCUCGUACAGGUGUCCGCCCCCCUCCGCUCGCGUCGGGGCCUUGCUGAUGUGUCUAGGGUUCUGCCCCGAAGCAGCUGCCCCGAUUCUCCCGCUUCUGACCGACGUGCAGGGCAGCAUUCGGCAGCUCAUGGGAGGAGAGGAGGACCGACCAGAUGCCGGUGCCAGACAGGUACUGCAGUUUGUGCCCAUGGAGGAGAUGCUCAAAGGAGGCCUGACGGAGUUCCUCUGGACCAUGAACUCUGAAAUCACCCAGCGGAAGCUGCACCUCCUCAUGCAGUCAUAGAGCGGUGAGGUGAGGUCCGGGAUACAUGUUACUGUUUCAGAGGCUGGAGCUGCAGAGCAUUCUGACCUUAUGCUAAAAUCAAGAUAGCCCAUUUGAGCAUCACUCCAUAAUAAUACUAUUUCUUUUGUCUUUUUCUAAGACAACUAGAAGAACACAACUAAACAUGCACUUCAGUAGUUUGGCAUAUCAUUGAAAAUUGAUUUCCUAAUUAAAUAUAAAAAAAUGGAACCCGUAUUACAUAAAGUGCAAUAUAUUAUUUUCAACAUUUAUUUGUUUUCAUUUUGGUGGCUAUCACUUAGAAAGGAAAAGAAAAGACGGAAUAUUACAUAAGAGCAAUGAAAAUGUAUUUUUAAUUUAUAAAUGUCCACUCAAUACUUGCUCUAUAGGCUUCAUUUAGCUGAAUUACUGCAUCAGUGCGGCGUGGCAUGGAGCCGAUCGGCCUGUGCGUCUGCCAAUGUGUCAGGGAAGCCCAGGCUGCUGUGAUGGCAGCCUUCAGCUUGUCUGCAUUGUACGGUCGGAUGUCUCUCACCUCCAUAUUUUACCCAUGAGGUUAUGUCAGGUGAGUUCGCGGUCGAAUCAAGCACAGUGAUGCAUCACACUUUUCCUUCCGCUCAACUUUCUGUCGAUGUGCUUGGAUACAUUAUUCUGCGAACCUUUAAGAAUUACAAUGGAUAAAAACAGUUUUCUCCAUGAUAGUGGAGGACAUCACCUGUCCAUGAAAUAGCAUUUCUGAAUUAAAACACUUUUCAUAUUGGUCUUAUGUAAUAUUCUUAAAUUCUGAUAAAUGAACAAAUAAUGAGUUGAUAUAUUUCACUCUGUGACCUAUCAAUAUUAUUCUAUUUUAUAUUUACCUGUACAUUAGGACGUUUUUUAAAUGAGAAAAAUGCUUCAUUCAGUUAUAGUUUAGCAUUA